CUGUGCUUUUGCAGGUACAGCUCGUUAUCCGGUGGUCGCUACACAGGUCCCACGAAAGAGAAGGAAGUCCCCGACGAUCGUAUUACUAAAAUCAGCCCUCGAGGUGGCACACCUCCUCGACGGCGCAGAGAAAAUCGUGGUGAUGACACACCGCCUAGAAGGAGAGCUUAUGACGAGCGAGAUCGGGAUCGCGAAAGGGAAAGGGAUCGAGACCGAGAACGCGACAGAGAACGUGAACAACGCAGACAGCAGCGCAUAGAAGAUGAGAGGAAAAGGGAGGAAGAAUCGAAGAAGAGGGAAGAAGAAAGGUUGAAGAGACGUGCCGAGGAGAGAGAACGCGAAAGGAGGCGAGAUGAGGAGAGAGCAAAGGAAAGAGAGCGCCGACGAGCUGAAGAAAGGGAGCGAGAAAGGCGUAGAAGAAAGAGCAGAAGCAGAUCGAGGUCGAGAUCACCUGUGAAGAGACGAUUCACCGAAACGACUUCUAGCAGCAAGCGCAAGCGCAGUCCGAGCACCUCGUCCACAUCAUCAUCCGAAGAAGAAAGAAAAAAGAAGAAGGCCAGCAGGCGCAAAUAUCGAUCGAGUACCGAUGAAUCUGAUUAUGAGAAGAAGUCGAAGAAGGAGAAGAAAUCAAAGAAGCAUAAGAAGGUACGUAUCUGUUCUCAAAACGUUCUACAGUAA